CACACACACACACACACACACACAUACACACACACACACACACACAUCGAGAGGGAAGAAACUAGGAAGGAUGAGAGCAAGAUUGGUGUUGGUGAAGGCUGUGGGAGAGAUAAUGGGAACAGACGAUUGUCAAUAGAAACCGUAAUGAGUGGGAUAUAGGGCAAUGCAGCAGGCAGAUAGACUGUAAUGUGGUUGACGGACGGAUGGACAGACUAACUGACAGACAGACAGACAAACAAACAAUCAAACAGACAAUCAGACAGACAGACAGACUAAGAGACAGACAGACACGAACUGUUCCACCUAGACUUUUGGAGUCUGCUGCAGCCAUCCAUGACACACUGACAAGAUCAACGUUCACCAAUCUCUUGGGUAGAGGCAAUCUAACAGACUGGCAGUGGCUUGAAGCAACUUUACCAAUACGACAUGGAGGAUUUGGUCUCACAGCUUUAACAUCUACAGCACAAUUUGCAUUUCUGUCUAGUUGUGUCUCAACCCUGCAUACAAUAGCAAAACGAAUUUCUGAUGCUGAGAGAUUGCUUGAUGAAGUUCAGAAUUCACAUCAUUCAAAUAGUUCCAUCAGCAGAGAUUUGUGCAAUGUUUUGCCUCAAAACAAAACUCUCGUAGAAGUUACCAACGACAGGAAGCAAAUACAACACAAGCUGACUGAGGAAUACAUGAAAUCUCUGUCAAAUGGUUUUAUUCAGAAUUCAUCUUCGACUAGAGACCAAUCUCGAAUGAAGUCCAUGCAAGGCAAAGGUGCAGGAGCGUGGCUCCUGACAGGACCAUCAUCAUCAUGGCAUGCAUUAUCUCCGUGCGAUUUCCGCUUGGCAUCCUUGAUGAGACUGGGCUGCCAAAUGCCUUUGGCUUCUGGUCAGUGUGACUGUGGGAAAGAAUUAGACUCAGAUGGAUACCACCUAAUAACAUGUAAGACUGGGGGCGACCCGGUAAUCAGCCAUAACAACAUGGUUUCAGCAUGGUCAGACUGUUUGAGUCAACUGCAAUUACAUCACGUAAAAGAACCCAGGGGAAGGUAUGUUAAUUCUGAAGACAGAUCAGACAUAGUCGUAUUCGAUUCGGCAUCGGGGAUGGAUCUUGAAUUGGAUAUUGCUCUAGCGCAUCUCUGGAGCAAUGAACUAGAAGGUUUAUCAGCUACAACUCAAAGAGCAGCGGCAACCAGAAGAGAAAAUCUGAAGAUCAAAAAGUACGACCAGGAGCUCUUGCCUGGAGGUUUUCGACCAACAUUUGUGUAUAGUCUUCGAACAUUUUGGCUGUCGGGGAGAGAAAGCUGAAGACUAUUUGAAGAAACUGUCACAGCUAUCAAGAGACGAAGACGGAAAGCCAAAUGCAUCAAGCUUCAAGACAUACUGGAGAUCUGUGUUUUCUGUGUGUCUACAACGAUCAAAUGCUAGAGUGAUUGACAGAAAAAUAAAGAAGAUUGUUUCAAGAGACAGCAACAUAAACAUAAAUAGUUGUAGGUAGAACCAAGCCCUAUUGGCUUGGGUAGUAUUUAGUUGCUUUACUUAGAUGAUGUAUAAUAGUUCAAUGUUUGAAAAUAUGUAUUGACAGACAAAGAGACAGACAGACAGACAAAGAGACAGACAGACAGACAAAGAGACAGACAGACAGACAGAGACAGACAGACAGACAAAGAGACAGAUGGACAGACAGACAGACAGACAGAGACAGAUGGACAGACAAACAGACAGAUAGACAAACAAACAGACCGACAGACAAACAAACAGACUAACUGAUAGACAGACGGAUGGACACUGAUUUUACUUCCUAAAUGCCACUGU